UGGGGCCCAGGCGAGGGCUCCUGGAGACCUCUUCCUGCUCUAGAGAGAAGCGGGGUCCACUUUCAUCUGAGUUCUCUUUAACAAAGUAGCUUCCCUCAUCCCUCAUAAACUGUCACCUGGAAAUGGUAAUUCUUCUAACAAGAGGAUGAGCCAAAGACUCUACUUCAGUGUAUCGUGCCAUUUUGGUUGGGCAUCACCUCUCCUCCCUGCCUUACGUCUCCCGGAGAUACCGGUUUUGUAGGAACUGCUCUCCUUUGUUGAGAGAAUAAGACCAUGGUAGUCACUGUCCCUAAGCCCAAAGCUCAGGACGGGGACUUUCUCUCUCUACUCCCCACUACUCUCUUGUACCUCUCCCUGGUGUGGUGCUCCAGAAACCACAGUUGGAUGAGGGAAAAGAAGCUGAGGGGCCUGCUGGCUUGGAUGGCCUGUUCUGGUGUGGGAGGACAGGCUUAUAGGAGAGAUAAGAAACAGAGAGGAGAGAAUUUGAUUCAGGAGGACUGGAACAGCCAUUUCAACCUCAAUUUCAUGGCCCUUAAAUGGGCUUGGGGUGGGAGGGGGUUAAACACCAUCUACACACCCUGUAACCCCUAAACUUUAUUACACAGUCCUAAUCUUCUAAACUAUGGAUUAAUUUUGUGGCCCAUUUAGGAGCUGCCUUUGAUCUCCUUAAAAUAGGAUGUGCUAUUUUGGACAUUGCUGUCUGUGAGAGAAAUGUGUGUUUAAAGCUAAAAUAGAGUGUACUUUUUAAUUUGUGGGCGUUUCCUUUUCCUGUCUCAGCCAUGCAGUGUUUAAGUCAGAGAGUCCUUCUUCCCACCCAAGAGUGCAGUCUCAGGCCUGACACACAGGCUGGGCUCGGUGAGGGCCUCUUCUUGGUGUGAGAAGAGGACUCCUUCACAGCCUGGGGAGCUUUCACUACCUCCUUGUCUGCUGACCUGAGAACCAAGAGCCUCUGUGAUUAUGGGGAUUAUGGAAAUUAGGAGUCUUCCUCACUGAGUGUUUUUCCUUCAGGCUGUGAUGAUGAAUUUGGAUGUACUUCUAUGAAGAAAUGCCACGUGUCUCAACUGGUCCAAGAACAAACAUGUUCAGACUACUGCCACCACCUUAGGGAACUAGGGCUUGGUGAUAGCGCUUCCCGGGGAAUCAGGCGUGGUCUGACCCAGGAACAGGAAGUACAUCUUCGCCAAUGACAUCAUGACAGCUAGAGAGCACAGCCCUCGCCAUGGCGCCAGGGCCCGUGCGAUGCAGCGGGCUUCCACCAUCGACGUGGCAGCUGACAUGGUUGGCCUCUCUCUAGCAGGAAAUAUACAAGAUCCAGAUGAGCCCAUUUUGGAAUUCAGUUUAGCUUGCAGUGAGCUGCACACGCCAUCCCUAGAUCGAAAACCAAAUAGUUUUGUAGCAGUGAGUGUAACCACCCCUCCUCAGGCCUUCUGGACAAAGCAUGCACAGACGGAGAUUAUCGAGGGAACCAACAAUCCUAUAUUUCUAAGCAGUAUUGCCUUUUUUCAAGACUCUCUUAUCAAUCAGAUGACACAAAUCAAACUCUCUGUGUAUGAUGUCAAAGAUAGAUCUCAGGGAACAAUGUAUUUACUGGGCUCUGGAACAUUCAUUGUCAAAGAUCUGCUCCAGGAUAGGCAUCAUAGGUUGCAUUUAACACUAAGGUCUGCAGAAAGUGACCGUGUGGGUAACAUCACUGUGAUCGGCUGGCAGAUGGAGGAGAAAUCAGACCAGCGGCCCCCUGUGACCCGGUCUCUGGACACCGUGAAUGGGAGGAUGGUUCUGCCCGUUGAUGAGAGCUUGACUGAGGCAUUGGGAAUCCGAUCCAAAUAUGCUUCUUUGAGAAAAGACACUUUACUGAAAUCAGUGUUUGGCGGGGCCAUCUGCCGCAUGUACCGAUUCCCAACCACCGAUGGCAACCACCUUCGGAUCCUGGAGCAGAUGGCAGAAAGUGUGCUCUCCUUGCAUGUGCCCCGGCAGUUCGUGAAGCUCCUUCUGGAAGAAGAUGCAGCCAGAGUAUGUGAACUGGAGGAGCUGGGGGAGCUGUCCCCUUGCUGGGAGAGUCUGCGGCGCCAAAUUGUCACUCAGUACCAGACGAUCAUCCUCACAUAUCAGGAGAACCUGACUGACCUGCAUCAGUACAAAGGUCCUUCGUUUAAAGCAAGCAGUUUGAAAGCAGAUAAAAAAUUAGAGUUUGUUCCCACAAAUUUGCACAUACAAAGGAUGAGAGUUCAAGACGAUGGAGGAUCAGAUCAGAACUAUGAUGUCGUCACCAUUGGAGCACCAGCAGCACACUGCCAAGGUUUUAAGUCAGGAGGUCUCCGCAAAAAGCUGCACAAAUUUGAAGAGACCAAGAAACAUACAUCAUCCGGUUGCCAGUCUAUAAUCUACAUACCACAGGACAUCAUCAGAGCCAAGGAGAUCAUUGCCCAGAUUAACACCUUGAAAACCCAAGUGAGUUACUAUGCAGAGCGGCUCUCGAGGGCAGCCAAGGACAGGUCUGCCACAGGCCUGGAAAGGACACUUGCUAUCUUGGCAGACAAGACCCGGCAGCUGGUCACGGUCUGUGACUGUAAGCUGCUGGCCAACUCCAUCCAUGGACUGAACGCUGCACGACCUGACUACAUUGCCUCAAAGGCCUCCCCCACUUCAACUGAGGAGGAGCAGGUGAUGCUUAGGAAUGACCAGGACACCCUCAUGGCCAGGUGGACAGGCAGGAACAGCCGGUCUUCUCUGCAGGUGGAUUGGCAUGAGGAGGAGUGGGAGAAAGUGUGGCUAAAUGUUGACAAGAGCCUGGAGUGCAUCAUUCAGCGGGUGGACAAGUUGCUGCAGAAGGAGCGCCUGCAAGAUGAGGGCUGUGAGGACGUCUUCCCCUCUGCCGGAAGCUGUACCAGCAAGAAAGGUAACCGAGACAGCCACGCCUACUGGAUCAGACCGGAGGACCCCUUCUGCGAUGUCCCUACCUCACCAUGCCCCUCCACCAUACCCACUGCUGCAUGCCAUCCUCACCCAACCACAAAUUGCAGCCCCCCUCCUGAAGAGUCCAGCGCAGGUGAAUGGAGCGAGGCCCUUUACCCCCUCCUGACCACCCUCACAGACUGUGUGGCCAUGAUGAGUGACAAGGCCAAGAAGGCAAUGGUCUUCCUGCUUAUGCAGGACAGCGCUCCCACCAUAGCCACAUACCUGAGCCUGCAGUACCGCCGCGAUGUGGUCUUCUGCCAAACGCUGACAGCACUCAUCUGUGGCUUCAUCAUCAAGCUGAGGAACUGCCUGCAUGAUGACGGCUUCCUACGGCAACUCUACACCAUCGGGCUGCUCGCCCAGUUCGAGAGCCUGCUGAGCACCUAUGGUGAGGAGUUGGCCAUGCUGGAGGAUAUGAGCCUUGGAAUCAUGGACUUGAGGAAUGUGACCUUUAAAGUCACUCAGGCCACUUCUAAUGCAUCAACUGACAUGCUGCCCGUCAUCACUGGAAACCGCGAUGGGUUUAAUGUGCGGAUCCCUCUGCCUGGACCCCUCUUUGACUCCCUGCCCCGGGAGAUCCAGAGCGGCAUGCUGCUGCGGGUGCAGCCCGUCCUCUUCAAUGUGGGCAUCAAUGAGCAGCAGACAUUGGCCGAGAGGUUUGGUGACACAUCAUUACAAGAAGUUAUCAAUGUGGAGAGUUUGGUGCGGUUAAAUUCCUACUUUGAGCAGUUUAAGGAAGUUUUGCCUGAGGAUUGUCUACCUCGCUCUCGAAGCCAGACAUGUCUGCCUGAACUGCUGCGAUUUCUGGGUCAGAACGUACAUGCCAGGAAGAAUAAGAAUGUGGAUAUUCUCUGGCAGGCUGCUGAGAUCUGCCGCCGGCUUAAUGGGGUUCGGUUCACCAGCUGCAAGAGCGCCAAGGACCGCACAGCCAUGUCUGUGACGCUGGAGCAGUGCCUGAUCCUGCAGCACGAGCAUGGCAUGGCCCCGCAGGUGUUCACCCAGGCCCUGGAGUGCAUGCGCAGCAUUGGAACACGGGAGGUAGUCACCCAGAAGAACUUGAGCGGCCUGGUGCCCAUCCGAGACUUAAGACUAGACCCCAGCCUCCUCUGUUCCAUACCUUUAUUAGCUCUAAGCCCCAAUUUACUGAUUGUGUGGCUUUUCCUGAGCAUAGCAUACCUGGUGACCAAAUUGCGUUGUAAAUGAAUAUAUUAUGAAAAAUUAAUUAAGUCACAAGAAAAACAAAAGUGCCAGAAUAUGUCCAGCCACCGUGUACCUAACUGGACAGAAGGAAUGUGUCAAAGCGUGGUCUGCCAAGAAAUAUCUCAUGCCUUACAGUCUGACGUUUUGUUGUUCUGAACUGUAAAUACCUGCCAAAUUAUUUCACCAAGAGGACUUGCUUAUUUAAAUUCUGUAGAAUUUUCAGUGCUUGUAACAUGUUCUUACAGUGCCUGUUACUGCAUUGUUUAGCUGGCCUGGAAUUACUUGUACCAAAUCUCUUACCUUCUGAUGUAAAACUAUUUAUUUCCUGUAUAUCUCAUGUGCCCUGUUUCCAAGAGAAAGGAAUUCUGUCUGAAAAGAAUUUGUAUAUUUGAUACUAUUCUUUAAAUGUGUGGCUAACCAUUUCCUUUCCUUUUGAAGAGAAAUGAAAAGGAUAGAUGCUUUCUAACUGGCUUAUCUAGAUCAACCGAUUUAAUAGGACCUGUACCUUCUGCUUUCAUUUCAAAGCGUAGUCCCAUAUCACAGUAGCAGACAGUUUGCAGAAUCAUAACAUUUCCUUGCUUAUGUUUAUUAUUUCCAAUUUGGGAUGAUUUAAAGCUGUGAAUACAAUGGCGCAUUAUUACCAAGUCAAGCACAUGAAAAUAACAUAUUGCAUGCAACUUUACAUUUAUUCUUUUAACUCUUUAAAAAUCAUUAAGCUGAUUCUGGGAAUUAAUACAUAUAAUAACAAAAGGCUGUUAAAGUUAUAUACAUUGAUUUUUCUUAAAAUAGAAUUUUUCAUUUAAAAAUUACAUCUUUGAUUCCAGAUUAAAGCACAGAUAGACUUUCUCUCUUACAAAUCCAAUGUGAUUAAUAAUGGAAAAAAUCGAAAAAAAAAAAAAUUCCUAAAAGGCCUAACUUUUGGAUAGUUGUACCAGAUGGUGUCGGUUGCUUUGGUUUCUGCUAUUAUCACUCGUAACAUGGCAGUAUCCAUAAAAAGGAUGAUUUGUAACCUUAACAUUCAUAUGUGGCAGAAAUAUAAUUGUAUACUGAAGUGUAAAAGAAUAUACUAGGGGAAAAUUCCACAUACCCUGUAUAUGAAGUAGUCAGUGGCUUCUCUGUUUUUCAAUUUAAAUUAAUGUUAUACUUCUGGUUUUGAUUUUCAAUUAGUUCCCAGAAACUGUAUUUUAUGAAAGUGAUUUUUUUUUUUUAACAAUCUAUAAAAACUGGAGUAAAUUUAGAGAUGCUUUCUGGAAACUUUAUAUCCAUGCAUAUACAUAAAGUUAGUUCACCAGAAAAUGUGGCCUCUCUAAUUUCUCUCCAACAUUAACAGAAUUUACUCUGGGAUAUCUCUAGUUUGGCAUAAGAUCCAAGUUCAGGUUCUGGGAAUUGUUGAAGAAGUUAAAAAUGAACAACAAAUUCCAGAUUCAAACUUUUAAUUCUAAAACCUCUGAAACACUCUUCUCUCUUAGAUCUCCUGAACACUGCAGGGGCCCUAGGACAGGUGUCACACCUGUAGAUGAAUCCAUUCUUCUCACAAGGGCAGUAUGGUCACUUUCUCUUUACUAGAGUAAAUGAGGUGGCUGUUCUUUGGCACAACUCCUGGCAUCCUUCAAUAGAGAGUCUCUCACCAAAUCCCAAGUGAUUACUAGUGUUGUUAUAGCAGUAUGUUUCUUGGCAGGGUCCUGUCUAGUCUGUGAUUCUUUGAAAGGGAUAUUCACCUUUUACCUUGCUUCAAAUUGAGGUGCACGACCAGUUCUCUAAGACCAUUUUAUUUAAAUUUACUUGAAAGGAGGAAGGCAGAUCCACAGCCCAUUCAGUUCCUAUUCCAUAGCUUCCCAGCCCCUGCUCUGGUGAAGCACUCCUGAUAGCCCUGGAUGGUGGGGGUCUGGGGGGAGAUACUUACUUACCCCUUGAGGGGAUCCUGCUGAGGCUGGGCAGUGGCCAUGCACAGAGGCUUGAGGCCCUUCUCACUACAGACAGUACCCCUCAUCUCCAGCAACUCCUCCUUCCAGCGCCCACUGCAUAGCAAAUGGAGGCCAUCGCUAGCUAGAGAAGUCAACCACAGGGGGCUAUAUGGACAUCAAAACCUGCCCCUUGACUGACAGUGGUGCCAGCCAGGCCUUAUACCCCUGUGUGCCAAGUUGAGAGAAAAAUGAAAUAGAAGAGGACAAGUUUCUUUGCUUUUCUCUUCAGGGUUGGGUUAAAAGACAGUAUAGACUGACUCUGAAGUCAUGGGGACUAGCCAUCAGGAAGGACACCAUGAGAUCAAUCAGCCCAGGCUGUUGUUUUCCUUUAGAAUAUCUGAGAAAAGAAACUCAAUAUGCUUGCCCUUCAUGCUGAUUUCAUGAGUAAAAGGCCUUGUCACUAAUGCCUUUUACUUAUUAAAUCAGACUAACUGUAUGUCCAGAAUCUUUUUUGCUUUAGUGUGAAAUAGGUUCAGAUGCAACGAGGCUGGGGAUAUGAGAGUCACUGCUAUUUAGUGGUGCUCUGGUCGCUUCUGAGCCUAAUGUUAGUGCACAUUUUCAGUGGCAGCCAACUCUAGAUAGCAUCACUAGGACGCUGAUGCAUCCAGACAAGUUCCAAAAUGGAAGAUCCCCCAGGAAAGCAAACCCAGAGGUGUCCCUGGAAUUAGCCAUUUUGAGUUUCAAUUAAAAAAUAGAUGUCCUUGAAAAAAUGAUUUACCAAUAUAAUAAAAAAUAAUUAUAUGUAGCUUUGAAAUAAUUUCUAAAAUCUAUCCAACAGUCUUGGAUAAAUUUGUGUGUGUUAUUGCCUCCAAAGAAUUAUGCAGACAGUGUGAUCGAUGCAAGUGUUCUGACUUAGGACCGAAGUCUCACCUCUGCCACAGCAGAUGCCAGUUCCCACAGCAUGCCCUCUCCUCGCCACACCUUAGUCCCAGGAAUUAGGUGCCAGACCUUGUCUUAACAUUCAGACCAUGCAAACCCACAAUGGUGUCAGCACAGUCAGAUUGUAUAACUUCAAACCAAAUUUAGACAUUUGAGGAAAAGUAAAUACAUUUGGAUUUUAAAAUUAAAUUGAAAGUGUAAUCUUGCCGAUCUCAUGUAUUUUUUCAACCAGCUAACCAGUAGUUUCUUUGACAUGUCAAUAAAAUGUAAUGUCAAAGUUCACAAAUUAUUAUUUGCUCUUCAAAGCACUUUGGCAUUUAGUAGUGAUAGGUGGUUUUUGAGAAGUAUGUAUAUUCCUAAAUAAAUGGAGAAGCCAUAUCUGAAAUAGUUCAGUAAUAUAAGAGCUUCCAAAGGUUAAAUGAGACUAACUGUGUAUAGAUACUUAUAGCUUCUGCUUUAAAUAGAAUUAUAUUUUUCUCUUAUUAUUGAGUGUUAGUCAAACAUAAUCGUUAUUUGCUUCAGGGGUUCCUUACUCAUUCAGCCUAGGCAUUCAGCUCAGAUAACACAUCUGGCUGAGGGCUUGAGGCUGGUGACAGGAAAGCCUAUUUGAGUUUCUAAAUCAGUUAAUAAUAAGCAGGUGGAUACUUUUUUAAACUACGUGAGCUUAUCUUUUGAAUAACAUUACUGUCUUACCAAAAAUGUUUUACAUGUUAUUGUUAAUGAGACUGUCAUUUUCACUUUUAAAGGCUUGAGCAGUUGCCACUGAUAUUUUUUUAAAGUGCAUGACAUAAUGGUCUUCAUACAAUUUGAAAUAUUUUUUUUUAAAAUCAUAGUUUCUUGGUAACUGCAGAUUUUACAUCUCAUAAGGGGGAUUUUAUACUAAAUUUGAUAACUAGGUUUAAUUGCUGAUCUUAGAAUACAAAAAUACAAAGUCAUACCAUGUGAUAGGAACUCAUUUAUAUUUAGAAUGCCUGUGAAUUCUGUGUCUAUGCCAGAUCAUUUCCCAGAGAACUCCCUUGAUGCUCUCAUCUGGGAAUGUGAGACCUGCCUGAUGGCUCAUCCUGUUCAGCAUUUGCUUUGCCCGCUGUGUUGCCAUGACAACCUUCCAUCAAAUGCCACAGGGGAUGAUGCUGGCAGCAGGUUCUCUAGGGAAAUGCAUCUGUGCGCUCUCAUUGGCUCAUUGGCACUCCUGUGAGAGGUGACCAUGAUGAGGGCAGUGUACCUGGAGAAGGUGGUUGGCUGCCACCUGGAGACCUUGGUGGGGCAAUCACUCUUUCACUAUGUUCCAGUCCUGCAGCUUUGCAGGCCUAUCAAGCAACAUUUGCACAGGCCUGCUGAGUUGCUUUGCACCCAAGGCAGCUAUCUCCUAGGUGGAGACAGCAUGUUAGAGCAGCCUUCUCAGCUAGAUGGCUUUCCUACAUAUUGAAUUCUGCAGGGAAAACAGCAUUUUGAAUUUGAGAUAAUUAAUGACUAUUGCUAAUAUAGAAAAUGCAAUUCUCUAAAGGCUUUGGUAAGAGUAGCACUCGUUCUUUUUCCAUUUAAUUUGCCCUGUAACAGAACCUUUUUUUUUUUUUAAAAGAUUUAUUUUUAUUUAUUAAUAUAAGCACUGGGCACAGUCAGAAGCGCGGGAGGGCGAGAGAAUUCACCAGAGCCAGAGCGGGGAGCAGAGCAGGC